AUGUUUGCACAUAAGUUUUUACUGGUGUUUCUGGUACAGCUACUGUCGGCGGUCCUGGCAAAUAAAGAGACAAUAGGCCACAAGUAUGAACAAGUAUGUUCUGGUAUGUACUCAAAGCAGGAUUUCCAUGGCAAAGUGGAUCCGUUUAUCUCGUUUGACUUAAAAAAGUUCAGCAGUAACUUCGAUGAUGAUACAAUUGUCGUGGUCAUUUAUGAUUUCCAAGAUUAUCAACACAUUGGUGUGUAUGAAGGUGACAGUCCAUACAAGACUUAUAUCUGUGAUGAUGCCGCGGUGGAGAGAGGUGUCUGUGAAGAAGAGCAUCUAAAUGAAUUCAUAAUCAAAGACACCAUAUAUGAUCCUGAAACUGGCGAAAACCAAAGUAUGAAGAACAGUGUCAUGACUUUCUCCCAAUCUACUACUGGCCUUCAUGAUACAAAAUACUCUGUUGUUAAGACUGGGUUUUACUGUGUUAUGGCAAGACCGCUGUAUUAUGACUCAGAAAACUAUAAGUCAUCUAAAUAUGCUGCAGAGGUUAACUUCAGGAACUCAUAUGGUCAACUUGCCGGUGCAGAAAUCAAUAAAUUGCCAAUGUAUGGAUUGCUAGCCAUUGCCUAUGGUGUUGCUAUGGCAUUAUACUCCUUUGCUUUCUGGAAGCAUAAGCAUGAGCUUUUGCCAUUACAAAAGUACCUGCUUGCCUUCUUCGUAUUUUUGACCACAGAGAAUAUUUUUGUUUGGGCUUAUUAUGAUAUCGUUAACCAAAAGGGGAUUACUGCAGGAACUACAGUAUACAUGGUAUUCUUGUCAAUAAUGUCAGCUGGUAAAGCCACCUUCUCCUUUUUCUUACUUUUGAUUGUGGCUUUAGGUUAUGGUAUAGUGUAUCCUAAACUGAACAAAUCGUUGAUGAGAAAAUGCCAAUUUUACACCAUAUUUUCCUUUGCUCUUUGUGUUGCUUUCUUGAUCCAUAGCUACACUGUUGAUAUCGAGGAUCCAACGCCAUUUAUUAUGAUAACAUUUAUCCCAUUCUUACUGUCAAUGGUCGUUUUCUAUUUCCUAAUUAUCAGAGCAAUGAGUAAGACAACCCAAUAUUUGAAAGAACAAAGACAAGUGGUAAAACUGAAAAUGUACAGAAACUUAUUGCUAGUUAUAUGGUGUUCAUUCAUCAUCUUAUCAGCAGGCAUUGUUGUAUCAUCCGUUUUCUACUUGGGAAUGAACACCAUAGAAAUGAUCGAAAGAGACUGGCGUACAAGAUUCUUCUUCACCGAUUUCUGGCCAUCAUUGGUAUAUUUUGUGGUUUUCUGUGCUAUUGCUUUUAUGUGGAGACCAACGGACACUAGUUACAUGUUGGCAGCUUCCCAACAACUACCGACUGACCCAGAAAACGUUGCUGAUUUUGACUUAGGAGAUUUGCAAUCAUUUGAGGAUGAUAACGAGGACCUGGACAACAACUUAGUCGACGACAUAAGUAUAAUCACUGAAGAAGAGGUACCAUCCAAUUUCAGAGAUGCUAAUAAUACUAACAACACCAACGAUGACUCUGAUUCAACAAACAAACCUUAA